AACGAAACCAAACAAACAAAAAUCUGGCCUUGCUGUUUUCUGUCACCUUUAGAUAUACUUUCUCCUAAUUGUUAUUCUAAUCUGAUCUGAUUGAUUUUAGAAAUGGGUCUAGAAAUUGCAGGUCGAGAUGUCAGCUACAUUCCAGUGAUCACAACCAUUGCCUUGGGCAUCUAUGUUGUUUGGAAUGCAGUAUGUCGCUCCAAAGAUGCCGUCAUCAAUCUGUCUGUAGAUAAGAAAGAGGAGAAAGUUGUCAACUCUAUGGACAUUGAGGAUAUUGGUGACAGCAUUGCAUUCUGUCGCUGCUGGAGAUCAAAGAAGUUUCCUCUUUGUGAUGGUGCACACAACGCUCACAACAAGAAAACUGGUGACAACGUUGGACCAAUGUGUCUGAAGAGGAAGAGCAAGUCAUAAAGUAGAACUAACAGAUUUGUUGUUUAUUUUUUUUUUUAGGAAAAAUAACGGAUUACCGCACACAGAAAAUCUCUUUUCGUUUUGUUGUAUAGAAAUGCGUGUAGUUUCUUAUUGGUCAAAGCAACUUUAAAUAAAUCAUACUUCAGAAAGAUUUGGUCAUGUUUUGUGAAAAACAUAAUGCAAAUGAAAUGAUAGAAAUAAACUUGAACAUAUCAGUUUUUUUGUGAUGAUUUCAUUCACUUGGCGGCACAUUCCUGCUAGAUCUACACGAUUGAUAUAUUCAUUAUCACUUUUUUUUUAAAGACUUUAGUGCCUUAGAAUCGUCCUGUAUACUGCCAAUUUUGUUAACCCUUUAUAUUUGCUGUGCAGUUGGUAAUAUUUUUUAGAUAUAUUUUUGCUGUCUUUGUAUUUGUAAUGUUUUUUUCAGCUUGUCAUUUCACUUUUGUAGGGUUUUGUUCCUGAUCCCAAUUGAGUUGAUUUGUUUUUCAUUUAUGCAAUAAAUAUUGGGUUUUACAA